AUGGCAGUGAAAAGGAGUAAGAAAUUACGUACAGAACCAGGCAAGUCAGUUUGUGCCGCCGAUAUUUUAAUAAAAACAACUAGUAACAAAAGUGUUCAAAAUAAGAAAUCCAAAAGAUUUGAAAACUAUCAGGAUAAUUUUAAUGAUAUAGAAAGCAGCAGGCAAGAUUGUGAGAUAAAUAUAUUAGAAGAAGUGACUACUGAAAGAGACAUAGAAGAAAAUGAGCUCGUAUUGGAUGAUAAAAUGGGAUUUUUUUUAAAAAACACACCUGAACAUAUUGAAACUACCCAGAAGAUAGAACAUGAAGGUAUAGUUUUUCCGUCCAAUAAAUCUAACGAAAUGCCUUCGACGUCAAAUGAAAAUGUUUAUAGAAAUAAUUUACAAAUGUUCCUAUGGUCAAAUAUAUACCAUGUGCUUUAUAAUCCAGAUAGUCUCAGUAAAAUCUGUAUAACAGUUAUAAAUAAUAAUAUGAUUUCCUUAAUAAAUUACACUACUCCUCUAUCACCAAAUGAUGUGCAUUUAUUAAGCAAAAAUCGAAAAGGUGACAAAGAGAACUUGCCAUUUAUAGUGAUAAAUGAUAAUGAUUUGCCACCAUGUUUGCAAUCAACAAAUCAAACAAAUGUUACAAUAACUUCCAAUGUAAAAUUAGACUGUAAGGAAAUAAAAACACAGAAAAACUUAAGGAUCCAAAUAGAUGCUGGUGCUAAAGUUAUUACGCAAUCAGCACUGAAAAUGAAAUUAUUUACAAGGGAUAAAAUAAAUAAAAUAAACAAUGAUUCAAGCGUAACGGACAAAAAUAAUGAAUACAUAAAUAUGCAAAAAGAAGAAAAUACAACACGAAAACGAAAAAGUAUGACUAGAACCACAUCCGUAAAGCGUGAAAAAAAGGAGUAA